CAAAAUAAUUGUUGAGUUUUUGCCUUGUAAGAACUAAGAAGUAUAAUAAGCUCCUAUUAAUUUCCCUAAAAACAGACCGACCUGAAUUGGUUCCCAUUUCGCGGGGUUCGUCUUCUUUCUUUGACAGCAUUCGAUUCAAUUAGGCUCCAGCCUCUCCUCCAAGCGAGCUCCGAAGCGGCUAUAAUGGACGGUCACUUAUUCAACAAUAUCCAUCUUGGGGGCCGCGGAGGCAAUAACCCAGGACAACUUAAGGUUCAUGCAAGAGGUCUUCUCUGGAAGAAGCAGGGUGGAGGUAAGGCUGUAGAGGUGGACAAAUCUGAAAUCACGGGCCUUACAUGGAUGAAGGUUCCUCGAUCUAACCAGCUUGGAGUUCGAAUUAAGGAUGGUCUUCACUACAAAUUUACGGGUUUCCGUGACCAGGAUGUUUCCAGUCUUACCACUUUUUUCCAGACUAAUUGUGGACUAACUACGGAAGAGAAGCAGCUCUCACUUAGUGGGAAAAAUUGGGGUGAAGUUGAUCUAAAUGGCAACAUGUUACAAUUUCUUGUUGGUUCUAAGCAAGCAUUUGAGAUAUCACUGGCAGAUGUCUCACAAACUCAGCUACAGGGAAAAACUGAUGUCAUGUUAGAGUUUCAUGUUGAUGAUACAACUGGAGCAAGUGAGAAAGAUUCAUUGAUGGAGAUAAGUUUUCACGUACCCAAUUCAAAUACCCAGUUUGUUGGUGAUGAAAACUGUCCUCCUGCUCAGGUAUUCCGUGACAAAAUUGUGGCAAUGGCUGAUGUUUCUGAUGGGGAGGAAGCUGUUGUUACAUUUGAUGGCAUAGCAAUACUGACUCCUAGGGGUAGAUAUAAUGUUGAACUUCAUCUUUCUUUCUUGCGUCUACAAGGGCAAGCUAACGACUUUAAAAUUCAGUACAGCAGUGUUCAGCGUAUAUUUUUACUCCCCAAGGUUAGUCAACCACACACCUUUGUGGUUGUUACCCUUGAUCCACCAAUCCGGAAAGGUCAAACUAUGUACCCAAACAUUGUUUUGCAGUUUGAAUCUGAGUAUGUGGUAGACACUGCUCUAACAAUGAGUGAAGACGUUCUGAAUACAAAAUACAAGGACAGGCUAGAGCUGACAUAUAAGGGACUUAUACAUGAUGUCUUUACCAAAAUAAUGCGUGGUCUUUCUGGUGCUAAAAUCACUGGACCUGGGAAGUUUCGUAGCCAUACACAAGGCUUAGCUGUAAAAUCAUCACUGAAAGCUGAAGAUGGACUCUUAUAUCCUCUUGACAAGGGAUUCUUCUUUCUGCCUAAACCUCCCACCCUUAUGCUAUAUGAUGAGAUUGACUAUGUGGAGUUUGAGAGGCACGCUGCUGGUACAGCAAACAUGCAUUACUUUGAUCUUCUUGUCAGACUUAAGACUGAGCAAGAACAUAUCUUCCGGAAUAUACAGAGAAGCGAGUACAGUUGUCUUUAUAGUUUCAUCAGUGCGAAGGGUCUAAAAAUAAUGAACCUGAGAGAUUCUCGACCCGCAGAUGGUGUUACAGCUGUUUUGCGUGGACCUGAUGAUGAUGAUGCUGUUGACCCACAUCUUAUGCGAAUUAGGAACCAAGCUAGUGAAGUUGAGAGUGAUGAAGAGGAUGAAGAUUUUGUCGCGGAGAAGGAUGAUGAAGGCUCUCCAACUGAUGAUUCUGGGGAAGAGGGAUCUGAUGGGAGCUUAAGCGGGGGUGAGGAGAAACCAGUAAAGAAGCCAAAAAAAGAAGCUUCUGCUCCUAAACCAACACCCAGCAGAAGAAAAAUUGAUGAUGAGGGUAGCUCAAAGAAGAAGAGACCAAAGAAGAAGAAGGAUCCAAGUGCCCCAAAGAGGGCAAUGACUGCUUUCAUGUUCUUCUCACAGAGUGAGAGAGAGAAUGUGAAGAAAUCUAAUCCUGGAAUCCCGUUUACAGAAAUGGGGAGGGUUCUCGGAGACAAAUGGAAUAAGCUUUCUGCUGAGGAGAAAGAACCAUACGAGGCAAUGUCCAAGGCUGAUAAGCUGCGCUACUCGGAACAGAUGUCUGGCUACAAUAACAACCAACAGUCAACAAAUAUGGAUACAGGGGGCAACGAUGACUCAGAUAGUGCCUAAGGCUCUUCAUUUAACUACAGUCUGCGAGCCCUUUUAAUUACUUCAAGAGGCGUAAGUAGCCCUUAAUGGGUGGGUGGGUGGAAAAUCAAAUGGAACUAUGGCAGCCCUUGCUUUUUUUUUUUGUCGAUCUAGAUCUGUUUCGCAUGUGCUUAUGCAAAUCUUCUAUGUCUACUCUGCACCUAUUUAUUACGUAGUAUCAUUUGCCAUAUAAUGCUUUUGGCCUGUGUACAAAAAAAUAUUAGAAUUAAUUACCUAACAGUAGUAAAACAUACGGAGUACUUCGUAUUAAAGACUCGGCAACAGGGGUGUAAGACUGUAACUCUGUAAGUUCGAUUUCAGAAACAGGAGUUCCUACUUCCUAUUCCUGUUAUAUGCCUUACGUAGUAUUUAU